AUGUAUGUUGAGAAACCAGAACAUCCAGAAAAACUGACUGCUUGGUGGGCUGGCCAGAACGUCACAGUCAAUGGUGACCACUAUAGAACCAUGAUUACUGCCUUUUUCAUUCCUCAAUUGAACAACCAUGAUGUGCAGGAUAAGAUGGUAUAUCCUAAGAGAGACAUAACAAACAUCGUAGAAAGCAGCCAUUACUUGAAGAUCGGAGCUUGGUGUCGAGCUGGAUCGUCAACGGGAGCUCAAACGAGGGGAAAAUGUAAAACAGCGAGAUGGGUGAAACCAUUCAGAUGUUUAGAGGGUCCAUUUCAGUCAGACGCUCUUUUAGUACCUGAAAACUGCAUGUUUGACCAUAUUCAUAAUCAAAGUAAUUGUUGGACGUUCGGGCGCUGGAACUCCACAGCUGGAAACGCCUGCCAAGAGAAAGGACUGCAGUUAAGAUCGUUCGCCAUGCUCCUACCAUGUGGUAUCUCGUUAUUCAGUGGUGUUGAGUUUGUCUGCUGCCCAAAGCAUUUUAAAGAUAAUCUAAAACCAAAGAAACCUGUCGACUUGACAAUUUUGAAAAAGGAACAAGAAGCAUUUGAUACUGUAGAUGAUGAUGACGAUGAAGAGUCCGAAGAGGAAAUCGAUAAAGAUGACCUCGAAGAUCUUGCUGACGAAACUGAAUUGUCUGAUGAUCCAACCAUUGAUGACGAAGAUGAUGACGACGACGAUGAUAUUUAUGAUGAAGAUAUUGAUUGGGAUACUACUCCUUCCAGUACUACCGCUGGAUAUAAAUCUACAAUACCUUCAACCACUCCAAGUACUACCACCACUGAGAGAACUACUACUAUUGCUACUCCUGAUCCAUACUUUACUCAUUUUGAUCCAAGGAAUGAACAUGAAAGCUACAAACAAGCACAAGAACGACUUGAAGAAACCCACCGUGAAAAAGUUACCAGGGUAAUGAAGGACUGGUCAGAUCUAGAAGAAAGAUACCAAGAUAUGCGACAGACCGAUCCAAGAGGUGCUGACGAAUUCAAACAGAGAAUGACCCAAAGAUUCCAACAGACUGUGCAAGCUCUCGAAGAAGAAGGUGAUGCUGAGAAGCACCAAUUGGCAGCCAUGCAUCAGCAAAGAGUAUUAGCUCAUAUCAACCAAAGAAAGAAGGAGGCUAUGUCAUGUUAUACCCAAGCUUUGAAUGAUGUACCACCAAAUACUCAUCGUGUUCAGAAAUGUCUUCAGAAAUUACUAAGAUCACUCCACAAAGACAGAGCUCACGCCAUUAGCCACUACCGUCAUCUUUUGGCUAACAGCAUAGAAGCUGCCGCACGAGAACAACCAAGAACACUUGAACGUUUAACGGAUAUUGAUAGAACCGUUAAUCAAAGUAUGCAGAUGUUACAGAGAUACCCUGAUUUGGCAGCCAAAAUUGGACAACUCAUGGACGAUUACAUCCAGGCUUUAAGAUCAAAAGAUGAAACUCCUGGUUCUCUAUUGGCUAUGACAUCUGAUGCUGAACAGGCUAUUUUGGAUAAAUACAAGUCUGAAGUUGCAACUAAACAAGCCGAACGAGAACGCCAAAGAAUCCAAGAAAAGGAAAGAAAAGAACAAAGGAAGAAGGAAAAAUCAGAACUUAAAGAAGAAAAGAAGCGAGUUGAAGAAGCUUUGGGCAAGAAAAUAAGCAACUUUGAUGACGAGGAUAUGGAAGAUGAAUCGUUGCCUGAGGAGAAAUCAUCCACCACAUCUCUACCUACGUCUGGAAUUACUUUCUCUGAAAUAAUGAGCAACUCAAUAACAGCAACUUCUGAGAACCACAAUGUUGACGACGCUGCAGUGCAGGAAGCUGUUGAACAAGUCGCUAAAGCUGCCAGUCACAGACAAGACAUCAUAAGAGUAGCACAUGUAAUGAGCCACGAUCUCAGUCACGGUGAACCUACAUAUUCUGUACGACGAGAAAUCUUUGCUCGCAAAGACGGCAAGAGCGUGUACUUCACAUUGGCGUUCGCAGGAAUGGCAUUAAUGGCAGCCUUAGUCGUAGGAGUUGCGGUAGCUAGGCGCAAAACAGCUAGAUCUCCCCAAAGCCAAGGAUUUGUCGAGGUAGAUCAAGCAGCUACACCAGAAGAAAGACAUGUAGCCAACAUGCAAAUCAACGGUUACGAAAAUCCAACUUACAAGUAUUUUGAAGUUAAAGAGUAAAUUGGUGUGUUAAUUUCGAUCUUUCGGAGCGUAAUUUUUGCCUGGCAGCACAUUUUAGGUAUUAUUUUUUAAAAUGGCAAUGUUGCUUCUCAGUAAGUAAAUACAUACUCAAGUUUCUGCUUUUGUUCACAACUAAAAAUGUUUCUAAGGAAAAUGAUUGCAGUAUUAUUUGAUAUUAACUUUGAUAUUUUUUCUUUGUAAAUAAUUUGGCAGAAUUGUAGUUUGUCAGUACGCGUUACUUGCUGGGAGUCACCAUUGCACCUUUGUUAAGUUUGAUAUUAUUUUGAUGCUACUGGGAAUCUAAUCAUUCCAUUAAUUGUGUGUUACUUGUACUUAAAUAAGCAACUCGAUAAUAAUUCUACAUAUGCAAAAUGAGAUAUACAUAUUUUGAACAAAAAAAAAUUAUGAAAACUUAAUAGGAAGUAAUAAUUUUUGCAUAUGACAGUCCAAUGUUUAAACGUAUUCAUUUAUAUAGCGAAAUAUAUCGGGACGAUGCCCUACCAAACUAACGCGAUACUAGGUAGACAUUGAACAGGUGUAUCGUCCGCGAUAUUUAUAUUAGUUGCUAGAUGUAUAUGGUACCCUCCAUAUUUAAUACCUAAUGAAAAAUUAGAUUAUAAAAAAUGCAUGUUAAUCGACAAGCUUUUGUACAGUCGUUUUAUUUUUGUUAUUGAAUUUAUCAGCUUUAUUCACUAAUUAUAAUUUUCUUACUGAGCUCACGAAUAUCACUGUCAUAGCCAUAUUUAGCCCUAAACAUUGUUCAACAUUAAGUGCCAUAAUGACAUAUUUUUGCAAAAUAGUUCAAUCUAAAUCUUAUACUUUUUACACUUAAAUAUUAUUUAACAACUUGAAAGAUCAUAAAAAUAUAUUUAUUCACAACUAAUACUUGCAAUAAACCUAACCUAAAAUAAACUAAACAAUUUUUAAUUGACACAAAACAUUCUUCCAUAUUCUGAUAAAACCAUUCCCUUCUGUAACUCAAAGCAAUAAAAUGAUAUUAUAAUUUUAAAUAGUAACUAGGUACAUUGGCACUAAUAUUCUUGAGUCUCAUUAACAGAUGAGGUCAAUGGCCGUCUAUAUGUAGCACAAUAUUAAGUCACACCUUCCGAGGAUAGAAGUUAGGGACAGAUAUGUUUAAAGAUAAAGAGUAGAUAGGGAUGUAUUCUGAAAUCAUGGAGAAUGAUAAGUGGUAAUUUCUGGGAGGUUGUAUCGGCGGCAGUGGAUGAGUACAAGUAUUGCUAUUUUCGUUAGUUACGGAAUAUUCUUUUCUUUCUCUAUCUUAUUCAAGCAAGAGAAAAUAAAUGGUAAAACACAGUAUUAGAGAAGUAUAUAGUAGAUAACAGUUUACAAUUAUUUGGAAAUGUGAGAUAACCUAAUAAGAAAAAUAAAACUUCAGUAUCGUUCCGAUUUUACCUGGGAAACAAAUGUCAAAAUAAGCAAGACAAUGAUAUAGCAUUUUUUGCGCUGGAAACGGUCUAAUAUUAUUCUGUCCUAUACUGAUUCUAAUGUCCUUUAAUGACCUAAUAAUUCCGACGUUUUAUUAUACAAGCUAGAGCUAAAUGAUGUUUUGAUCACUGCUAACAUAUAUGUCUGGCAUCACUUUAUUAAGAGAAGCCAAGUGGUAGUUAGAAACUCAAUUGACUGGUUUAUACUUUAGAAUGUUUAAUAAACUGUAAAUUUUUGGUAUAUUGAAGGCAGGCUAGGUCAUAUCAAAACAAAGUAUUUCUAGGAUAACUGUAGACCAUGCAAAACAGAUCAAUUUAUUGUUUGUUUAUUUUGAUAUUACUGAAAACGGUUUCUCAUCGAAAAGGUCGAAAGGACCACAAAUAUUGUAAAACUUUUAUUGUUGACGCUAUCAAGUACCGAGUGAACAUCAUUUUAGCGCCGUAAUUGGGGAUGCUAAAUUAUCAGAAUUGUGAAAAAAAUUACGAUUGCUGAACUUAAAAAUCUUAGAAACAUCGGAAGGAACGAUCAAAUGUAUGUAUUUAAAAUUCCUAAUAGACCGGAAAGGUUUAUUUACAAUUUGAUUGGAUAUUGUCGAAUAUUGCAAAAAAACUACAAAUGUGAUAGGUAGCUUUCAAAUAACCGUAACCUUAUAAAUAAAUACUAAGACCAAAGUUGUAGUACAUUGGCUUUUAAAAUUAUAAACCCUUUUUCACUUGGUAGUUGCUGAUUAAUGCCGCAAGGUAUUUGCAAAGAAAGAGCGUGCUAGUUUCUUUAUUGCUAGGUUUGAAGAGGGUUUAUAGUUGUAAAAAAAUUAAAACUAAAAAAAGCCAAAAAAUGUCUUUACCGUCACUACAGCUUCAUGAUUUUAUCUAUGGGUGCAUUAUUCGGCUCACCAAAGUGAUAUACACAUCUAUUAAAUAAUUAGGAACACGUUUUCCUGGACUUGAUUAACUUAUAUUUUGUAUAAACUGUUUCAAACAAAACCUCAGUAUCUCAGAUUUGUCCAGACUUGACGAGAAUUAUUUUCUGAUACCAUACACUAAAUCAAUAAAUUUGGUAAACAAAGGGAAAUUAAACUAAACAUUUAGUAAGAUAGAUAGCAGACUAACAGCAUUUUAAAAUUACAAAAAAAACUAGGACUACCAACAACUGUCAAAAAACUGUUUACCAACCCAAAAUAGAGAACACUAAAGAACCUUGAGAUAAACUGUAUUUCCAAGUUUGAGCUAGUUGAAUAAUGAAUGAAAUUAUUAAGUAACAAGAUUUUGUAUGGUAAUAUUAUAAUGUCGGAAUUCUUUGUUGAUAUUAAAAACAAGGCUAAUAUAUUUGAAUCCUUGAGAUAUAUACUGAUACCUCCGUAGAUGUUGAAGGGAUUCAAAAGUAGUAACAAGUAUAAUAUUCAAACCACGUGGUUGUCGGUUUGAAAUAUAAAUGUUCAAGUUAAUGAAAAUAGCAAUACUGUAUGUAUAUUUAAGGUUGAUUGCAAUAAUCAUAUUAUAUUUAGUUAUGAGUCGAUGUGUUAUGUUUUACUCUAACCAUUUGUAGAUAAGACACCCAUUCACAUUAUUAAAGCUUUUUACCCUCUAAGAGAAAAUAAGAUCACAGUAUUCUAUGUGUUUUGAUGACAACAUUUGAAAGAUGCACAUAAUUAUGUACUGUAUAUUUGUAAGUGUUAAAAAGCGUGUUUUAAGUCUAAGCACUGUGUGUGUGUGUGACUCGGAACUAGUGCUUAAAACAUAAAGGAAAUGACUUUAAAUGUCUGAAAGUAUAAGCACUAAAUCUGCUACGAUUCCAGAACAGUAUAAAUACUCAUUGAAGACAUACAAAAGUUGCCAAGCUAAAAACUAAGUGUUGAUCACUAAAAAACUUUAUUUACAACCUACGUAAUUUAUUACCCUACUUGUGUCUAAAUGAUCAUCCUUUGUGAAUGAUAACUGUUACAUAUAAAUGCUGACCACUGAACACACUCCAAAUUCACUACGUUUACACAGUAAUUAAAAUUAACUUUAAAAUGAUUAAUUCGUAUUACAGAUAAAAAUUUGUGUUUACUGAAUAUUCUUCAAUAAAUCGCUGAUAAGAUACAAUGUAUUAUCGAACUAUACCAGUAUUUGCUAAGGAUCUUCAAUUACAAACCAACAAUUCAGCGGUAACAGUUAUUUAGGAAUCCAGAAAACUGGUGUCAUUUGUUUAAAAAUAUCUGAAGAUAAGUUGCUUUAACCCAGGGAUUAGGAACAUGCAAUGUGAGAAGAUUGAUUAUAAACAGCAUUGGUUGAUUCUCAAAAAUUAAUCUCAAGAACUGAAACAUGUUCAGAAGAGUAAGGAAAGUUAAUUCAGUAGUAAAAGACUGUAACUACAAGUAAUAUGGUUUAAACAUGAGAUUCAAGUCAGUUUUGUUGAUUGAUGUUAAACCAGUUAUAGUAGGUAUUUGUACUGAAAAUUGGAAUCCAAGUGUUGUAAAGGAUUUUUUCUUGGUGGGUAAGUCAUCAGUGUUUAAAGGAGCUUUUCAAUUGAUAGCUUGAAUCGAUAAAGUACCUUUCUCUUUGUGUUUGCCACUGUUUAAAAUCACUAUCAGAAAGCUAGGUUAUACAAAAAGCGUGUUUGAUGUGCAUAUUUAGUAUUUUCCCAACAAUUUUCAUAAGAAAAAAAUUGUAAAAUAUUUUUACCCAAUAUCAUAUGUAACUAACUGAAUUUCCUAUUAUUCUCUUUUUUGAAUAAAAUGCUGUGUUAUUUCUAUUAGUACCUUUAUCUACCUAAUCUUGAUAGAUUAGUUCAUUUAGGAUAGUUAUUAUAUGUUUUGUGGCCAUGUAAUUUUAAAUUUAAUGUAAUAAAAACUAACUUAUU